AUAAUUUUUGUAAAAUUCCUACGUCCACUUGUAGCCUCAUUUCGAAAACUGCAUCUUGUCUAGAAUAUUUUCGGGGAGUAUCAAAUUCCCAUUUUUUGAACUCUAUCCUAAAUCUACAAAUUUACGUCGAGUUGUGACCUUGGAGUUUCACCCUGCCAGGUCUAGAAUUUGUGAUUCCAUUCUACAUCAGAAGGCCUUAUUUCUCUUAUCAUAAUCAUCAUGUCGAUUUCACGUCCAUCUUUGGAGCAUUUUGGCUCAGAGAAUGAUUCUGUCUUCAGCCCUAAAAGAUCUCUACUCGAAGAAGACGGUAUCUAUUCCAAACCAACGGCACUGAGACCUAGCUGGAAGCAUUGGAUGUUCCACACGAUAAACAUUACUAUGUGGUUUUACUUGGCUGUUACCACGGCUCCAAGAUCACCAAGGUCCUGUCUUGAGAAGUUCAAUGCUUAUUGUGAUUGCUCCACACCUCUCAUUAGUUUUUACGCUGACUAGCCAAACAAGCACCUAUCUUAGAAGCUAUAGAUGAUGAUGCUUUCCAAGAAGUGAAGUUCAAGUACUCACUAUGGUACAAUUCUCCAUUCAAAGGUCCACCUACUCCUGAAGUCCAAGAAGCAUGGCACGAUAUCAUGAAAUGUAUGUCAUCUUCCGGAAAUACUUUUCAGCGCUAAUAGUUUUCGAUUAGAUGGUGAAAUCGGGGUGCCCGCAUCUGAUAUUCUUCGCGUCGGACACAAUCUCACUGCUGUCCAGUACCCUGCAUCCGUUGGCGGCGGUUAUCCAGCUAUUGCCUCCGGCACCCAUGCCCUUCAUUGUUUGCAUUAUAUCUGGCAGGAUCACUAUAUUGAUAUUCUCCCCUCGGUCGCCGAAACCAAAGCUCAGAUACCUGAAAUGUAUGAGCGACAUUAUGAGCACUGUAUCGACUAUACUAGACAGUAUUUGAUGUGCAAUUUUGAUACAACUAUCAUUCCAUUGUACUGGGUUAGAAAUCACCAGCAACCUACGCCAAAUGGUAACACAAUUCAUAAAUGCGUUGACUGGGAUCGUUUGCAAAAUUGGUUAGCGGAGAGAGCUGUACAGAUGCCAGAAGGGUUUGAGUGGCGUCAACCAGAAGAUGCAGUCAGUCUUGAUGACAAUCCAUGAUCGAGAUUCAAAUUGCAAUGUAGAUAUUAUUUAAGAUAAAAAAUUCAC